CACAGACCCCAAGCGUCGACUGUCUCUCUCUCUCCGAAACGCUCCGCUCCGUUAAGAAGACCCAAACACGCAAGAUGUUCGGAGCCACUGUGUCCGUGUGCCUGCUGAGCCUGCUGUCUGUCUGCACAGCCUGCUACAUCUCAAACUGCCCCAUCGGGGGCAAGAGAUCUCUGUCUGACUCCCCACUACGGAAGUGCAUGGUGUGUGGGCCCGGGGGCCGGGGUCGCUGUUUCGGCCCCAGUAUCUGCUGCGGGGCGGGGCUGGGCUGCCUCCUGGGCUCUGCGGAGACGGCGCACUGCGCGGCGGAGAGCUACCUGGCCACGCCCUGCGCGGCAGGGGGCGGGGCCUGUGGGAGCGAGGGCGGGCACUGCGCCGCCCCCGGGAUCUGCUGCAACGCAGAGAGCUGCAUCCUUGACCAAUCCUGUUCAGCCAGUGAUGAUGAUGAUGAUGAUCAGAUCGGCCAAUCAGAGAGCAGCAGCCUGGAUGGAGACAUCCUUAUGAGGCUCCUGAACCUUGCUGGCCACACCCCUCCACAUUGGACCAACUAAUGAGACGCCAAGGAUGAUGGGUUCAGGGGAAGGGUCUAAACUGGAAGGGAAGGGUCUAAACUGUCUCUAUCCAAUAGUACCCCUGAAUGUGUAUAUAAAAUGAGUCCUAUACUAAGUUUGUACAACAUAUUGAUAUCAACAAAUAUAUGCAUAAAUGUUAUUAACGUUAUUAAGUUAAUACUGGUUCUGUAAAGUACUGUGUUGGGGAAAGAAUUGUGCUAGUGACAAAUAAAGCUGGUUAGAUGAGAA